AUGUCCACCGCCUACAACCCCCAGCAAACCACGGACCCAGCAACCGUCAGCCAAAUCGACGCAACCGCGCGCACUGUGCAUUACAAGUGCGGCGACUGCGACAUGGACGUUCCGCUGAAGCGUGGAGAGCCGAUUCGGUGCAGGAACUGUGGGCAUCGUGUGCUUUACAAGCAGAGGACGAACCGUAUGGUCCAAUUCGAAGCCCGAUGA